CCAUAAUCCAUGAGUAAAGAAGACCAAAGGUCCAAAGCGACACAAGCGUCGAGUCAGUGUCACUGGGGUUCUAGGGUUACGCUUCUCCUCUUCAGAUAGUUUGGUUUGUGACUUGUGAGGAGGAGGAGGAGUCUUUAAUGGGGAAUGAAGAAGCUGAUAAGAAAUUCACUUGGGUGAUUAAGAAUUUCUCAUCUUUGGAAUCUAAGCCAAUUGAUUCUGAUGAAUUUGUGGUCGGUGGCUGCAAAUGGUGUCUUGUGGCCUCUCCUAAGGGAUAUAAGAAUGCUAAUUAUUUGUCUCUGUUCCUGGUGGUUGCUACUUUAAAAACUUUGCCUUGUGGUUGUGGAUGGAGAAGACACAUAAGAUUUCGCCUCACUGUUGUAAAUCAAGUCUCCGACAACCUCUCCCGACGAGGAGAAAAAGAAGAAUGGUUAGAUGAAUACCGUACUAUCUGUGGGUAUCAAAAAAUGCUUCUCCUUUCCGAACUUAAUGACAAAGAAGGUGGAUUUCUUGUGAACAAUGAAGUCAAGAUUGUUGCGGAGGUUGAUGUUCUUCAAGUUAUUGGCAAAUUAGAUGUUUCUGAGGAUUCUCAAGAGGUAGCUCAACCUCUGAAAAGGAUUAAGCUAAUUGAUGGUGGUGUUUCGGUAAACGAAAGCAUUGAUGUCAAUGGGUUUCAAGUUCUUCCUUCACAGGCGGAAUCCGUGAAACGUAUAUUCGAAAGACACCCAGACAUGGCAUUAGAGUUUCGAGUAAUGAACCAACAUAUGAGGACAUUAUGCAUAAAUCUCCUCCUCAACAUAAUCGAGACUUUGUGCCAGCCACUGAAAGACAUUUCCAUUCAUGAACUGGGCCAAGCAGAGAAAGCACUAAGAUACCUGAAAGAUUCGGACUUUAAGGUGGAUUGGUUAGAGCAUAAACUGGAGGAAGUAAAGGAAAAGAAGAUGGAAGAGCAGAUUGGUAAGACUCGGAUGCAAGAAUUAGAGGAAGACCUGAAGGUCUUCAAGCAGAAUUGCUCUGACAUAGAAGCUCAACUGGAGAAAGAAAAGCAAAAGUGCUCAGACAUAGAAGCUUUGCUGGAGAAAGAGAAGACAAAGGUAUUGGCCGCUGCCAGAGCUCCUCCUCUAACGUUGGAUGAUGUUGUCUGCUAGGUGUAUGUUGGUAUGAGUGUAGGUUUCAGAGUUAGCACAGGAAGCUAGAGAGACUUCUGUCGAUUGGAAGCUCAUAUAUUUUGUCAAAAACUAAUCUUUUUGUUAAGAGGACUCGCUAGGACUAGGAUUUUGUUAGUUGUCUUUCGUGACUAUGUAAACGGAUCAUCGCCGGGAAAGGUUAAGCUACUAAUUGUACUUUUUAAUGUUCAUUUAUAAUUGUACUUUGGUCUUAAACCGA